GGGAGCGGCCGGACUCCUACCGCUUUGCCGGUUGGUCGAGGCCCGAUCGACGGAGAACCCCGAGGUUGCGGCCCGUCGUUUCUACUUCGAUCGGUCGCUGAUAGCAGCACUGGUCGACCGUUGGAGGCCGGAGACACAUACGUUUCACCUACCGUGCGGAGAGAUGACCCCGACCCUGCAGGACGUCUCCUACCUCUUAGGCCUUCCUUGCGCGGGAGCUGCAGUUGGGGUGAUCGAUAUGCAGACUGACUGGAUGAACGCCAUGCAUCAGCGAUUUGGGCCGGUGGAGCGAAAGGCGGAUGCACCCCCGUACGUGCCUGAGUUCUUAGCCGAUGCACGAGGGCCAACGAAGAAGUGGAUCCUACAGUUCCAGCCGGCGUACAUCCACCCACAAGCCAACGCAUACGCGGUCUCGAGACAUUUGGAGGCCUACCUCCUUUGGUUGUUUGGGUGGGUGAUGUUCACUAGUGGCCAAGGCCACCUGGUUACGAGGACCCUUGUGCCGUACGCCCGGUCGAUAGCGGACGCGCAUGCAAAGGAUGUACCGCAGUUCAGCUGGGCAUCAGCUGUUCUUGCUGCGACGUAUCGGGCGCUCUGCGACGCAUGCAUGAAGAAGGAGGCGCUAGCCACUUUUGCCGGGUGUCCACUUCUUCUUCAGCUAUGGUCGUACGAGCAUUUCGCCAUAGGUAGGCCGGUGGUGGAUCGCUCCCCGUACCCAGAGGUGUGGUACGGCGAGAUGGAUGAGGACGCGCCGACAAUGGCCUCACUGUGGUGUCGUCGACGGGUACGAGGCACGGGGAUAGACGGGUCCUCAGCUGCCAUUUCCAAGGUUAUGGGGCCUCAGUGGGAAUCAAUGACCCCUCCGGAGGUGUCCCCGAUAGUCACCCCAGAGGGCGUGAUUUUACUGCCAUGGGAUGCUGAGCCGAUCUACGACCAAGCCAUGGUGACCAGUGCCUGUGGUGCCACAUCCUCUACAAGAGCUACCUCUGUAACAGUUGAGGGGGACCCCGACCUUGAGGUCAUGACCCCUGAUGACUUCAUGCUGCGCCUCGAGGCGUUGAAGGCUUUUGCCUCAGCCUCGUCGCUCCUCAGGAGUGGAGAUAUUGAGCAGUUGGUGUAUCGGGGUCAUCUGGAGAAAGUGGAGCAAUUAAUUUUGGCGAGGGGGUUGUGGUGUGCGUUGCACCAGGCCCUUGCUGCGACCCAUGAAGAGGCUCAAGAUGAGGUGGCAGAGCUCUUUCAGGCCUUGGAGGAUGCCAAGAAGCAGGUGGAGUCUGUGGAGGGUUGCCUGCAGGAGGAGACGACGCUUCAUGAGCAUGAGGAGGGCCUUCAGCGAGAAGAGGCAGUGUCGUGA